AUAACGUCAAAUCUUCAACACACAGGUGUACAGUAUGUGUACCUAGUCAAUAUAACGUCAAAUAUUCAACACUCAGGUGUACAGUAUGUGUACCUAGUCAAUAUAACGUCAAAUCUUCAACAGUCAGGUGUACAGUAUGUGUACCUGGUCAAUACAACGUCAAAUCUUCUACACUCAGGUGUACAGUAUGUGUACCUAGUCAAUACAACGUCAAAUCUUCAACACACAGGUGUACAGUAUGUGUACCUAGUCAAUAUAACGUCAAAUAUUCAACACUCAGGUGUACAGUAUGUGUACCUGGUCAAUAUGACGUCAAAUAUUCAACAGUCAGGUGUACAGUAUGUGUACCUGGUCAAUAUAAUGUCAAAUCUUCAACACUCAGGUGUACAGUAUGUGUACCUGGUCAAUAUAACGUCAAAUAUUCAACACACAGGUGUACAGUAUGUGUACCUAGUCAAUAUAACGUCAAAUAUUCAACAGUCAGGUGUACAGUAUGUGUACCUAGUCAAUAUAACGUCAAAUUUUCAACACUCAGGUGUACAGUAUGUGUACCUAGUCAAUACAACGUCAAAUCUUCUACAUUCAGGUGUACAGUAUGUGUACCUGGUCAAUAUAACGUCAAAUAUUCAACAGUCAGGUGUACAGUAUGUGUACCUGGUCAAUAUAACGUCAAAUAUUCAACAGUCAGGUGUACAGUAUGUGUACCUGGUCAAUAUAACGUCAAAUAUUCAACAGUCAGGUGUACAGUAUGUGUACCUGGCCAAUACAACGUCAAAUCUUCAACAGUCAGGUGCACAGUAUGUGUACCUGGUCAAUAUAACGUCAAAUAUUCAACAGUCGGGUGUACAGUAUGUGUACCUGGUCAAUACAACGUCAAAUAUUCAACAGUCAGGUGUACAGUAUGUGUACCUAGUCAAUAUAACGUCAAAUAUUCAACACUCAGGUGUACAGUAUGUGUACCUAGUCAAUACAACGUCAAAUAUUCAACACUCGGGUGUACAGUAUGUGUACCUGGUCAAUAUAACGUCAAAUAUUCAACAGUCGGGUGUACAAUAUGUGUACCUGGUCAAUAUAACGUCAAAUAUUCAACAGUCAGGUGUACAGUAUGUGUACCUGGUCAAUAACGUCAAAUAUUCAACACUCAGGUGUACAGUAUGUGUACCUAGUCAAUCUUCAGGAGGUGCAUGGUAUGUUUACAUAGUCAUUAUAGUAUCCAACCGUCAACUGUAUACCAUUCCAGUAUUAAUGCAGUCAUGGAAUGUUUGAGAACUAGUAAACAGUACGUUGUUCACAAUAUGGUUAACAAAUGUUCUUCUGGUUGGAGUGGCUACAAGUGAUUGAGUUCGGCCUGGGAUGUCCCGGACGGUCUUCUUGCCUGACUUUGUGAUCAUCAUCUGCGGGAAUGUUUCUGUCCAGAACGUAUAUAUAUGUUGAAGACAUUGGCAGAAGAGACAGUUGGUGAUUAAUAAUUAGAGUAGGGUUUAUCGUGUAGCGAAUGUGAAAGAUUUCUUUCAUUAGACGUGAGAAAUAAAUACAGUCAGUUCUGUUUAACAUGUA